CCGCGAUAUCAGACUCCUUUAUGCGUGUUGGCAGCGAAGGAAAGAAAGAGAUACAGUAUUUCAUUUCGGCCGUUUCAUCUGCCAAGUUGAGAAAAGCAGACGUGCAGUAUUUCCUCUUUUCUGUGUUGACACGCUUUAGAAUUGUGUCGUGGUUGGAAGUGCACUCAGGUGUCAGGCGAAUCUACUGUUCUGUGCAAUACCGAAAGGAAGAAAGAAAGAAAAUGCGUCAUUGAAGUGAUGUGUGGUACUGAGGCUGUUGCUUGAAACUUUUCCUACUUCUGUGUGCACUAGGCAGUGAGUGCUAUGAUAACAAACAGCGAGGAGUUCAGCUACGAUUAUCUCUUGAAGGUGGUCAAGAUCCAGUUCAAUUUGGUGAGACGCAGAUUAUUGGCUCAUUUCCGCCAAGAAUGGGCAAAGAAGAAUGUGAUCUGCUGGCUGGUGUUUCUAGUGUGCUACUCCUUAUUCCCGGUGUGGAGUCCAUCUGGUUUAUUUUUCUACUUCGGUCUCGUUGCUGGAAUCCCGGCCCUGAUUUUUGGUCCAGUUUUCUCGGGAUUACUGUUCAUGAGGAUUGCAAUUUAUGGAUUCCCAGGAGAUACUUCAGUUGCACUUUGCGCUGAUGUUGGCAAAUUACCAAAGCUCAGAGUGAGAGUUUUUACCAGAGGAUUGGAAGAAGGUCUUGUGAGCAGGAUGAUGAUGCACAACAUUGGAGUGUUCAAGGAUAUUGGUUUCAACAACUAUGACUACAUUGUAGUUUCAAAUGUUGCACCAGUCAACUUGCCCAUGGUACCAGAUGUCUCCACCGGCAACUUAUUUGUUUCCCAGAGCUACCAAACCAAGACUAAUGCCAUGUACAAGGCAAGGUCAAUGCAGUUUUGUCUGGAUGAGGAAAGAGACACUUGUCCUGACUCUGACUACAUGCUUGUGCUGGAUGAAGAUGUGCAACUCACACCAAGCAGUGUUCGGGGUGUGUUGAAUUUCAUGCAUCACGGGUUUGAGAUCGGAGAUGGGAUCUACUCUUCACUCGGGGCCCAACAAUGGGCUCUUCAAGACGACCAAAGGUUGCCUGCGAUUAUAUUCGAAACUCAGCGCUGUGCCACUUUGCUCAUAGCAGAGCUUUUCAAAAAACUUGGCAUCAGGCAGAGUUUUGCUGCCUUCGGGGGCUUUUUGAUUUUAAAGAUCAAAACGGCCAGAGAGCUGGGUUUUGAUUGCGGAGAAACGUUGGGGAUCGCAGAGGACUUGCAUUUGAUGUUGAGAGCCCUUUCUGCAGGUUACACCAUCAGACACGUCGACGGAUUUGUUAAAAUCAAAAGUACAACGAACAUCCAAGGAGUUGUUGACCAAAGAAGACGCUUUGCCAUGGGUUACUUUCUUCACUGCUUCUCUGGUAACAAAGUGAGCAUGGAAUUCAAGAGAUUCACUGCCAUCUACUUUUGGUCAACCUGGUUGUAUCCUGUCCUAUUCAUGAUGAAUGUGUGUGCUUUUCAUGACAAGAUUUGGCCGUUUGUUGUAACUUGUUUGAUCUCGGAAGCCUUGGCAACGUUCUGUACUUUGAAAAUCGCUAGCAACGCUGAGGGUCUAAUGGGGAAGGAAUUUUUACCACAGCUCCUCUUAUCCAUGUAUGCCACACCAAUGCGGUAUUGGUAUGGUAUGGCAUUGCCAGGUUUGUCUGCGACGAAAGGAUUCCUCUUCAACAACAAUCUUGCUGAAUGGAAAGCCAGGCCAAAGGGUUGAUGAAUUCUCACUGGUUUCGUUCCGUAAAAUUUUUUUUUUGGCAUUCGUAAAUGCAAAAAGAAACUGCAC